AUGAAUAAUGAUUUAGUUGGUAGUAUGGAACAGUCUGUGCAAUUGGCUGAACAGUUACUCGAUCCACGUUCACUUCUGAAUGUCGAAGGAUUAUUGGAUGCGCUUACAGCCGUACUUGAAGAUUGUAAUUAUCCUCUGUUGAGACGUACUCGAAAUAUCGACAAUUUUGUAUCAAGAUAUCAUGAAGUAGUGAAGCGUGUUUGUGAUUUGCGUUUGAAGGGAUGUGAUUUUGAAUUGAUCAAAGUGAUCGGUCGUGGUGCAUAUGGAGAAGUGCAGUUGGUUCGACACAGUAGGUCGAAGAAUGUUUUUGCAAUGAAACUUUUGAACAAAAACGAAAUGAACGGCUAUUCAGUAUUGUCACAUUUGGAGGGAGAGAAGGACGGUUUAGUGACUGUUCAACAGAGAUUGAGCACCAUUGGUCUAGAGCAUUCAUUUUAUUUAUUCUUUGCAUUUAUUCGUCGUGCGGAUUCAGCGUUUUUCUGGGAAGAGCGUGAUAUAAUGGCUCAUGCGAAUUCAGAAUGGAUUGUUCGACUUCAUUACGCAUUUCAAGAUGCACGAUUUCUAUAUAUGGUGAUGGAGUAUAUGCCUGGAGGUGACUUGGUGAAUUUGAUGACUUCAUAUGAUGUAUCUGAGAAAUGGGCGCGAUUUUAUUCUGCCGAAUUAGUGCUAGCGUUAGAUGCUUUACAUACGAUCGGUUAUAUUCACCGAGAUGUUAAGCCUGAUAAUAUGCUUAUUAGUCGGUCUGGACACAUUAAAUUGGCUGAUUUUGGCACUUGCCUUCGAAUGGGACCGAAUGGUACAGUGAAAUGCACAUCAGCAGUGGGUACGCCAGAUUAUAUAAGUCCUGAGGUGCUGGAAUUACAAGGAACAGAGGGAGUUUAUGGGCGAGAAGUGGACUGGUGGGCAGUUGGGAUAUUCGUUUAUGAAAUGCUAGUCGGUGAAACACCGUUUUAUGCAGAUUCGCUGAUGGGAACUUAUACGCGAAUUAGAAAUCAUGAAACUGAACUGAGUUUUCCUGAUGAUGUGGAAAUGUCAGAAAAUGCAAAAGAUCUAGUGAGGCAGUUUCUAUCAAAUGCUAAAACAAGACUUGGAAAGGAUGGUGUGGAUAGUAUUAAAUCUCAUCCUUUCUUCAAGAACGAUGAUUGGAAUUUCGAUAAUAUCCAAAAAGCUGUACCGCCGGUUGUUCCUGAAUUGAAAAGUGAUGAUGAUGCAUCGAAUUUCGAUGAAAUCGAACCGAAAGAAGCGAAUCCCGCCGAUGGUUUUCAAAUCCCAAAAUCUUUCGCCGGUGCCCAGUUACCCUUCAUUGGAUUCACAUACUCAAAUGAACUUGGUCCCAUUGAAGUAAUUAAUAAGAAAAUCGAAUCUGCGAAUGAUAGUUCGUAUGUUCAAGAAGCUCUUGAACAACUCAGUCGGAUGUCAAAUGCUGACACACAACUCGAGUGUGAGAAGCGUGAAAUCGAAAAGCAGUUAGCAGCAUGUCAGAUUCAAUUAAAAGAUGUCGCUCGUAAAUUGGAUAUGCAACGAGAAGAAACAAAUAUGAAAGCACAAAAAGUUGCAUCUUUAGAAGAGCAGCUAUCGGCAAAAUCAAAGGUGGAGGAUCAUGUUAAAGAACUUGAGAGAACAAAUGUUGAAUUAAUUGAGAAAUGUCGAACAUCCAACGAAAAUGAGGAACGAAUACGUAAGGAAAAAGCUGAGCUCAGCACACAGUUGUCAACGACGAAUGAAUCAUAUAAAGAAUUGGAAGAAAAAUAUCGAAAAGUGGCGGAGAAUGAGUCAGAUUUGCAUGAUCAAGUGCAGAAGUUACGGUUGCAAAUGAAUCAAGAACGCGAAAAUGUUCGACGUGCACAGCAAAGGGCUACUGAACAAAAUGAGAAAGUGGAAUCGUUACGAUCCGAGAUAGCUUCAAUGAGAGAACGUGAAACGCUGUUGGAAUGCCAACUGAAUAAAUUCAAUGAAGAUGAACGUGAAAAAGAUGAAGAGAAUCGGAUGAUCGAUGAUGAAACGAGAAAGACGAACGCACGACUUGUCAAUGAACUUCAGAGCAUGCAGAAGAAGGUAGGAGUUGUUGCUGAACGCAGUUCAGGUGAGGAAUUAGAUUCAUUCAUUCAGGUUGAGCAGUUGUCAGGUGACUUCGAUCGAGAAAUGCGUCAACGUGUCGCUGCUCAAAAUGAACUUCAUACAAUCAGCGAUGAGCUAGCCGUCUCUCAGCAUACCAAUCAGUUCCUUGAAGACGAGUUGAAACGUUCACGAGAUGAGAAACGCCGACUUGAAACGAAAACGCAAGAAAUAUCGUCAGCAAGUCGUCUUUUACAACGUCAAUACGAAGAUAUCAAAGAGCAGUUAGAAACUGAAACGUCGUUCAUUAAUAUCUAUAAAACCGAAAUGAACGCAAUGGCUGAAGAAGUCACUGAAAAAACAAAACGUCUUGAACAACUCGAAGAAUUUGCGUUGGUUUACAUUGAUUUAUUUGAUUGACGUCGUGAAGAAGAACGACAACGCGAACUAAAUGCGCAAAUGGAUAGUGAACGUUUAGCGAGACGUAUCGCUGAGGAAAAUCUAACAGCCACCGAUAAAGCAAAAACUAUGCUUGAAUUAGAAGUACGUCAGCUGGUGCAACGACAUGAAAAAGAGAUCGGCGCUAAGAAUGCAGCCAUUCAGUUGUUGACGCAAAAGGAAGAAGAAUUACAAAAGGCAUUGCAAAGUGAAUCGAACACCGUCCCUGGACGUGAAUCAACAUCACGUCGCUCACUUUCACCCGAGCAACGUAUUCGGCAGUUGGAAGGUCUGCUGGAGCGUGAAAAAAGAUAUAAAGAGAUUGCGGUGAAUAAAUUGGAAGAGGUGAUGGCGAAUCGUCAGUGGAAUUCAACCAAAAAAGAUAAAGUGAGUCGAGGCGAUAUGAAGCGUCGUGAAAGGAGGAUUGCCGAACUGGAACGCGAUUUAAAAGCUGAGAAAGGCAAAUAUGAGGAACGUCUUUCGCAGUACGCGAAGGAAAUCGAACAGCUCAAGAUCGCCUUAAUGGAGGAAGAGAAGAUAAACGAAAUGUUGCGUAAUGAAUUAGAAGCUUAUCAUCAUUUGGAGAGUGCCAUGAAUGAGCAAAAAAAGAAAGAACGAGGUCAACACGAACAACAGCAAAUGCAGAUACAGUUUCAAAGCGGCGGUCCUGCUAACGCCGCUGCUGCAAUGCCCCUCCAGUCUCCGACCAUCUCUCUUUGUGAUCUCGAUUUCAAGAACGAAGGAAUUGUUUCGGUACGUCUAGCCGUUAAAAGAAGACAUCAGUGGCGUGAAUGUUUCGCAGUUUUUUCAUUGGCCGGUUUUUGCUUUUUCGCGAGUCAAGCAGAUCGACAUCCCUUUCAGACGAUACCAGCUGAUUACAUAUGCCAUGCCCGUCACGUGAGCGCUGCAGAUGUGCGCACGGCCGAAGAGAAUCAACUUCCACGUAUUUUCCAGGUAUUGUAUCAAAUUGACGAGAACACAAAUCGACGACGCUCAUCUAUUUCGGACGCUUCACGAAGUUCUUUAUCAUCUAAUGGUCGUGAUGAUAAAGUUAUUGAUAAAUCGUUAUGGAAUAACCACGAAUUGGUUGAAUUAACUUUUCAUAUGCCGACUCUUUGUGAUCUUUGUGUGAAACCGUUAUCGGGCAUUCUUCGUCCACCACCAGCUUAUGAAUGCAAACGUUGUCGAAUGCGCUUUCAUCGAGAUCAUCUUGGGGUCGAUUAUAUUCCAUAUUGCAAACAAACUGUCGAUGCUCGAGAAUUACUCAUAAUGACGCCGACCAAAGAGGCUUGUGACAAGUGGGUUCAGCAAUUGAAGAAGUUCGUUGAAUACAAGCAGUCUCAUUCGCGAUCGGGUAAUUCAUUACCUCGAAGUGGCUCAUCAAUGAAACAACCACCAAAAGUAGGAUCGGUACCUCGCUCAGCAACACUACCCAACAAUACCAUAUCACCAACCACCACAUAA